AUGACGUCAGUGUCCACCAAGGUUGGAGAGAUCUUCUCCGCGGCUGGCACCGCCUUCACCUCGAGGAGCUGGAUGAUGCAACUGCAUCCAGUGUCGGACUCUUCCCCUGCCGGUGCCAAGCCGACUGAGGCAGAGAUAGAGAUGCUGAGGGCUGCUGUGAAUCGAUUUGGGGACGAUCUUAAUCACAUCAGCUGUGUCAUUAAGGAACGGACAGUGGCUCAGAUAAAGACCACUGUAAAGCGAAAAGUAUAUGAAGACUCUGGCAUCCCUCUUCCAACUGAGUCACCUAAGAAAGGGCCCAAGAAGAUGACAUCUGGGGUCCUCUCACCUCCAACCGCCCCUCCAUCCAGCAGCUUCAGUGUCCCUGAAGCUGGGGGUCCUCCCCUAAAGAAACAGAAGGCUGACAGCAUGACCCUGGACUCUGGCCUCGACCUCUGCUGAUGCUCCUCUCCUCUCCUGCUGAGCCUGCCACCUCUGACCCUCACUGUUCACCGUGGACCUGUGGGUCACCUGGGACUCUAAGCAAGGACUGCAUGAGAGAGGGUCAGGAAGCCACUGGAGCUGUCCGCCUUGUUCCUGAUAAACAUGUGCCCUCACCCUCUGACCUCCGUCUGAUGGACAUUUUAUA